GCCACACUUCAUCUCUCUCAAUUUUUCCCUUCUUCUUUGCAAUGAAAGUGGACCAAGAAUUCAGCCAACAGCCACCUGACAUCUGCCGCACCGUCCAGGUCAAGCUAUCAACUAUGCUCGCCGCUGAUAACUUUGAUUCCAAUGGCAACGAGCUCUACACGCCUCCACUCAAUUUCUCCAUGGUUGAUAAUGGCAUAUUCCGUUCCGGAUUCCCCGACACCCCUAACUUCUCCUUUCUCAAAACCCUAGGCCUACGCUCUAUUGUUUAUUUGUGUCCUGAGCCAUAUCCGGAGCAUAACGUGGAAUUUUUGAAGGCUAAUCGGAUUCGAUUGUUUCAGUUUGGAAUUGAAGGCACUAAGGAACCUUUCGUCAAUAUUCCUGAGGACGCAAUUCGUGAAGCAUUAAAAGUUGUUCUUGAUGUAAGAAAUCACCCUGUAUUGAUUCAUUGCAAAAGAGGAAAGCACCGAACUGGUUGUCUAGUAGGAUGCUUGAGAAAAAUUCAAAGGUGGUGCCUGACUUCAAUUUUUGACGAGUACCAAAGGUUUGCAGCUGCCAAGGCUAGACUUUCAGAUCAGAGGUUUAUGGAACUGUUUGAUACCUCCAGCUUCAAGGAUAUACCACCAUGUCCAUGUUUAUGUUCGAAGAGGCUCCUGCAUGCAUGGCAAGUGACUGCCAAGCAGAAAGAACUACACAUACAUAGCAGUGUUGAUUUUGCUCAAACGGAAUCCAGUUGCACCUUGGUAGUCAAGAGAUAAGGUUGGAUCACUCACUAUCUUACUUUUUCUUUACUUUAACAAAUUGAAGGGCUAAGGUGGGGUAUAGAUUAUUGGUCAUAAAGCCAAAUUUAACUUGUGAACAUAGAAAACUUGAUUCUCUAGGUCUAUUUGUUGAAAUUCCAUUUACUUUGUUUCCCCUUUAGGAUAUUUAGUCUUUUCUUGUUGCUAGCAUAAAAGCAUGUGCUUUUCACAGGGCUGUUUAAGUGUUUAUUCGUGUUGACUUAUUGGUCGAAAAGAAAAGAAUAAGUAAAGUUCAAGGUCUAAAAUAAAAUAAAAUGAAAAUACAAAUUCAACGAAACUCGAUGCACAUAGGAGUUCAAUGAAGACUCUCAACAUGUAGGACUCUAUCAGUAUAACCAAAAUGGAUUUCACAAAAGUGUAUGCAGUCGGGAUUAAGGGUAGUUGAUGGAACUGAAUAUACCACAAAACUCAUCAAAGGUGUAAAUCAUUUAAGACCCUUUGUGCUUUUAUAUAAAGUAUAGGUUGUGAUUAUUCUCAUCGAACUCCUUAGUUUAGGUCAUUAUUUUCCUAUGGCUAUUGAUGAUUCAAUCAUGUCUGCGUACCAAAUGGUUACCUUAAUUAUUAGUGCUGAUGUUAUUGAUGCAUUCUGGCUUUUGAUUGUGGCUAAAUCUACUAAAUAGAUUCACAACAUAUGUUAUCAUCAUAGUAAACCAAAAGGAAAAUAGAAUUAUACUGUAGGAAGGGAUUGCAAAACAGAUGAGUAUUCUAAACGAUACACUCUUUUUUUAUUUCAAAAAAAUCAUGCUAUACUCUUUAAGAGAAUAAAAUACAGUUAAGUGAAAGUUACUGUAUUUUAUUCUAAAUGAUACAGUAAAAUGAAAAUUUAAAGAGAA